UGGAUCCGUAUGAAAUAGCUCCAGUAAUGUUGAACCCCUUUAAUCCACCACAUCCGAUUUUUUGGCUGAUUUGUCCCACUCACCAACUUAAAAAUAUGAUAAAUGCUCUAUUUUCUUCUAAACCUGGAGGAACAAAGUCAUUUCUCAUGGAUGGUGUAACAUUUGGGUGGAGUUCUAUAAUCAAGAUGUUUGAGAGGGAAUGUGAAAGAAUUAAUAGUGGCUCAACACGAAUGGUUCCGAAAUUAAAGGAGGUCCAUGUCAUACGUGAUGCUUGGACAAAACUUAAUGUUACUCCGGCAAAAAUAAUGCAGCAAGAAAAUGUACUUACUGAGCUAUUUUCAUAUCUGCAUGAUAAUCCAAACCAAUCCCUGUCAGAUGGAACAAAAGCAGUUCUGUCCUACUUGGAAUCAUGUAGCAAAAUUUUCGAAAAUGGAUUUUUGAGCCACAGCAAGAUUACAGAUAUUAAUUGUGAUACAAUGAAAUCUAUUAAUGAAGGGUACAAGUUUUUCACAAGAUGGCUUGAUCAAAUUAGAUGUCAAGAUAGCAGCUUUGAUCUGAAAGUUAAUACACAAACGAAGUUUUUGGCUUGGCAAACGUUUGAUUUACUUAGAAUAGACAUUUAUGGAUUCAAUAUGUUCUGUAAGCAUUUUCUAAAGAAGCAUCCUGGCUACUUUGUAUCACCACUUCGAGUUUCUGGAUCUGCUGUUGAGACGCUAUUCAGUCAGUUUAAAUACAGUUCAGGUGGAAAGCUUGAUGCAGCAAAUUAUGGUUACAGUCGAGCUGUCAGUCUUGUCAAGCAAGUAACUUCAACACACCACAGUGGUAAAGAUUAUCGUGAUGGCCAAUUGCAUAUUAACAAUCUUCCUCUUACCAAAAAAGUGUAUAAUAAAAAGGAUUGAAAUUUUGAAGUAAUAAUUAUAAUAAUUUAUAAUGCUGUUAAUUAUGUUUUAAUCUAAUUGUACACGAGACUGAACUUGUACAUGCUGUGAAAGUAACUGGUCCCGUAAAUUCAGACCUGCUGUUGAAGCAUGACCACUGUUAAAUGCCAUCUUUUGUUUAAAAGAAGACAUAAAUUCUUGAAUUCUUGUGUUAGUUAGCUUUCUCAGCAUCUCAUCGUAAACAUUGUCUGUUGCUUGCUUUUCAAUAUCAGUAUCAAGUGCCAUUUUACUUCUUAGUCCAUCAACAAGUUGACUUUUCAGGUGUGUUGCCAGUUUCACUAUACUGUGAG